AAAAGUUGGGAAGGUAAACCUUAGAUUUUUGGCCCGGAACAGUCGCAAAACCCUAUCCUUAUCAGAGCCUUCAUUGACGUAUUGCAAAUACUUCACACACACGCAUUUCUCUUUCGCUACUCUCCCGAGUCCCGAACUCUACACACAAAAAACCACUGAAAAUGUCAGCCUCCAAAUUCUUACACUUCGGCACGGCCUUCUUCCUCCGUACCCCUACACCUCCCUCCCCACUUGUCUCCCUCAAAUCCCUACGUUUCCUCCGCUUCAGUUCCUCCGCCGCCGUCGACCCUCUCACAAACGGUACCACAGUGACAACAUCUUCCCCUCACCAUCAACCCCACCCGUGGCCUGAAUGGGUCACCUUCGUCGACCGCUUGAAGACCAAGGGUUACUUUGUCGAGCUCCCUCCCGAGGCCAAACAAGAGGCCGGGGCUGACGUUGGUCCGGGUGAUGCGAAGAGCCUUUACAUCGACAUGAAUCUCGUCAAGGACGCUUGCCUCAGCUUUGCGCGUGACCGUUACGAUGUCUUCAAAUCAUUAUCAACCAAGGAUAUUCAAAUGGUUGUUGAGGGUGGUUGUCCUAAUCUCUUUCGGAAAUCUGUUAAUUCAGCAAAAAGAUUGAGAGCCUUUGUGCGUUUGGAUGAAGGCGAAGUAUGUAGUACUUGCAUUCUACGAGGAUCCUGUGAUAGGGCUUAUGUGAUUUUAAAGGAAGAUGAGGCAGCUGCCCGUACUGUGGAUAUAGUGCGUAUACUGUUGUUCUAUGCACUAGAUCCCCUUGUUAUUUCAGGAGGAGAGAAACCGCCUGGUAGAGAUAUAAUUGAAUCAUCUGCAAGGAAACUGUUCUCUGAGUUGAUUGAUCUGAGUGAAGCAUCCCCUGAUCCAGUACUUCCAAGGCCUGCUGUCAAGGGAAUGAAACAAAAGGAAGAGAGUGUAAAGUUCAUGGAUGAUAAACUGUCUCAAGAUGUUGAGAUGAUGAGAGGGGAUUGGAUGUGUCCUAAAUGCAAUUUUUUGAACUUCUCUAGAAAUAUUCGAUGCCUAAAAUGCCAGGAAGAUGGCCCUAAAGGAGCUGCAGGUGAUGUUGAAAUGAAAAAGGGGGACUGGACUUGUCCUGAAUGCAAUUUCAUGAAUUUUUCUAGAAAUAUACGUUGCCUGAAGUGCAAAGCAGAGGGGCCAAAGAGGGUUAAUGCAGCGGAGGUGGAAAUGAAAAAAGGAGAUUGGAACUGCCCGCAGUGCGAGUUCAUGAACUUUGCUAGUAAUAGGAAGUGUUUGCGCUGCCGAGAGCCACGGCCUAAAAGACAGCUAAAUCCUGGAGAAUGGGAAUGCCCUCAUGUGACUUUUUGAAUUAUAGAAAGAACACAGUAUGCCUGAAGUGUAACUGCGAACGUCCCAGAGAACGAGCAACUUCUGAGUAUGAAGAGCAUUUAUGGAAGCGGCCUUAUUAGUAGUAGUAUCAGAAGCGGCUUCAUUGUACUUACCCAACUCAUGGAUCAUGAUGCUUGGACGCAAGUAAUCUCAGGUUGGUGUUCAAAAAGGGAGCAACAUCAAGUUCAUUCCGAUGUUUCUCUCUGCUCUCACUGCAACCUGAUAUUGCACUCUAUUUUGUCAAUUUUGAUUCUCCCCAGGAUUUUUACAAAAUCAAUGAUAGAAAGAGGAAUCUGUACUUUGCAAUUA